ACCCUUGCGCUUAUAUGUACGUGAGGUUCAGGCCUUGGUCGUCUGCUUCACAAACCUAAGAGCUCCACAAUUGUCACCGACUCGCCCUUAUCAACGCUCUGCAACACGCAACUCAUGGCUUCCAAGAAGACCGACCACAAUCCUCUCUCCGGCGACGGCGCUAGCCCCGGAAAGAUCUUUAUCGGAGGUUUGGCCAAAGAUACCACCUUAGAUACGUUUGUGAAGUACUUUGAGGAGUACGGUGAGAUCACAGACUCUGUCAUAAUGAAGGACCGGCAAACCGGUCGGCCGAGGGGAUUCGGGUUCAUCACCUAUGCAGAUCCUUCUGUUGUUGACCAGGUUAUCAAAGAGACUCAUGUCAUCAAUGGAAAACAGGUUGAAAUCAAAAGAACGAUUCCAAAGGGUUCUCAGCAAGCUAAUGACUUCAAAACGAAGAAAAUUUUUGUUGGAGGCAUUCCAACAUCUGUUGCUGAAGAUGAGUUGAAGAAUUUCUUCUCGAAGUACGGGAAUGUGGUGGAACAUGAGAUCAUACGUGACCAUGCGACCAAAAAAUCCCGAGGCUUUGGAUUUGUUGUAUUUGAAAGUGAAAAAGUUGUUGAUAGUUUGCUGGUAAAUGGAAAUAUGAUUGAUAUGGGUGGUACUCAGGUUGAGAUCAAGAAAGCUGAACCAAAGAAGGCCUCAAACCCUGCACCAGUUUCUGCAUUUCGUAGUGAUUCUAGGGCACGCCCAUACAAUGAUAGUUUCAGUGCACAUGGCAACCUCUAUAGUGGUUUUGGCCCUGAUCCUUUUGGCCCUACCUCCUAUAGGUCAUUUGGAGGUUUUGGCAGUAGGUUUGGUGAUUAUGGAGGAGGGUAUGGCAAUGAUAAUGAUUUUGAUGGUAGUGUUGGUGGCGGUGGUGGUUUCUCUGGUUAUCGGAGAGAGUCUUCUUAUGGCUAUUCUAGUCGCUUUGGUUCCUAUGGAGGGCUUGGUGGGGGCUAUGGUGCAGAUGGCUUAGGUGGAUUUGGGCAAGGAAGCGGAGGCUAUGGAGGUAGUGGAGGAUAUGGAAGUUAUGGCAGUUCAGGCCCUGGUGGUGUCUAUGGUUCAGGUCCUGGUGCUAGUUAUGAUGGAACAGGAGGAUUCUAUGGUAGUAGAGCAGGUUACAGUGGUGGUAGUCGUUACCAUCCUUAUGCAAAGUAGGUAUAUGUUUAAGUGUUCCGUAGAAGAUGCAUGCAGGUUUCCUAGUCAGCAGUCUAUGCAUCUUGGGUAGGUACUACGACAAGUGAGCCCGAAUUACGAGGAUCAGAUGAAUCAUUGAGUUUGCCUGGUUGACAAAUUAGACAAGUUCAAAUUUAGUUCAGCUUCAGCUUAGAGCUCCUUCGUUGGCAGUUUGUUUUAUGACCUUGAUUGUCAUUCUAUUAAACUUAGACACUUGUUGUUAUCGACUAGUUUUAGAACCUAUUUAGAAUUUUUUACUAAUUCUAUCUAGUAUUCUUUAGUCCCGGUAGAGAUGGUUUAGUUUUCUUCGUUUGACAUCUAGUUACACGUUUGCAGUUGAAAUCUCAUUAGUUUUUAGAAAAGUUUAAAGAAAUCACACUUUAUGUUAAAAGUAUAGUUCCAAUUUCCACGUGCACACGCUUUCCUUGCUAGCGAGGAAAGGAGGACAAGUUUACAAUUUAGUCUUAUUCAGGAUUUUAGUCUGGGAUUCUCACUCAGGAUUUUUUGUUAGCCAACAAAAGUUUUUGAAGAAAUCAAUUCAUUAAAACACCUAUCUAGUAUCUGCGCCUCAAAUUUACCUUUCUUUUCCCAAGUUUUUAAUCUGGUAACCUCGAAAUUUUUAUCCAUUGAUGCGCGAGAUUUUUUUGCCAUCCAAACUUGAUUAACAGUGUCCCUAGUGUUUCUUUCCUCUAAUGAAAUUUUAGAAUAAGAUUUUGUCGCACCAUUUUUUUCCAUGUGUUCUUUAUUUUCGUACCAAAAGGAGGUCCUUAAAAUUUAGAAUUAUUUCCAGCUUGGUUAUUUUCGUUACAAGCUAGUUUUCUUGUGAUGAGAGGCUUUGGCUGCUUAGUUUUCUUGUGACGAGACUUUGGAUGCUGUUUUGAGGCGUGGGGUGAACACAUGUUCACCCCACAUUUGGUUGUCCUUUCGAGAAUCAUUGACAAAAUCCCGUCUCUAAUAUUCAUUGUGGGCGUUCACAAUACGUCAACCCCACUACCCAACCGCACUAAUGGUACCAGUCGAUACAAUUACUGCCAAAUGGUGAAAAAGGGGGAAAAAAAAGAGAGGGUCCAAUAUCCCCCCUUGGAAUCAGAAUGCAUUAUAGAAGCUUUCUGGGAGUUUUUUAUUUCGCUGGCACAAGUUAAUCCGGCAUUUGUAUUUCUUUCAAGUUUUAAUCCGAACAAAAAUAUGUUUUGGAUAAGACUAAAAUAGGAGCUACCAUAUGCAAUAACACUAAAAGCGGUUUAGCCAAAAGGAUAAGGACUAAUUGAUAAUGAUUGUGUAUUGCCUUCUACCAUUAUUAAAAAAAAAAAAAAAAAAAAAGGAAAAAUGAUUGUCUAUUUGCCACUUACUUUUUGGCCGCAUUUGGUCGUCAAAGAAUUUGCCACUUGUUUUAAUCAUGUCUCGCAGUACCUUCUACUAGAGGUAAGAGAAUAAACAAAAGAAAAAAAAAAUCAAGUUUGUUUAUUCUAGCGUACACAAUAUAUGCAAAAAC